UCAAAGUGCGUGUGAGACACUUUUUUAAAGUGUUCUACUUAAAGUACUCGUAUUGAAUGUCGAUUAAUUUCCACGAGUGUAAUGUUGGCCUGAUUCGGGUGUCUAUAGAAGUACUUGUAUUACGUUUACAUUUCAGCUAUUGAUAGACUAAGAUUCCCCAUGAGGGAAUCUGUCCAUUAUUGGUCAGUGGCGCAUCUGACCCCGCCCGCUUGGAGAUUGGCCAGCGGUCAGUUUCUGGAUGAGGUAUAUAAGCAACUGCCGCACAGCCAGUUGCCAAUACCUUCCCAGUUCGCUUAGAAAUUUUUUAGCCUGCUUGUUGCAGAUAACCUUGUAGCCUGCUUAUUGCAGAUAGCCUUGUAGCCUGCUUAUUGCAGAUAGAUACGUGCCUUCUCUUGUAAUACGUGCAAUAACUGUUUUUGCUCCCACUACUACCAACGGUCAAUUCUACAAUGGUUUCCAAGAACGAGCUGAAGAAACUGAAGGUUCCGGAGCUUAAGAAAGCCUGUCGCGACGCUGGCCUUGACGACACCGGCGUACGCAAAACCCUACUGGCCCGACUUUACGCACACAAUAGUAUCCCACCUUCUCGCAUGGAGGGCGUCGUGGAAGCCAACGGCGUGGUUGCCCCGAAUGACCACCCUGUAAGACCUCCCGUCGGCAUAGCUGCUGCUGGACCGAUGGCCGAGCUGAUUACUGUAUGCGGCCUUGCACCAGCCACCUUGCUUGAUCUGGAGGAAGCCGGCUUCACCAACCUUGACAAACUCCUCCGCCUUCACCAAAGCAAAUCGUACCCGAAGGAUUUGGAGUUCAUCAAGCUCCCCGCCGACCGCAACGAGAUUCAGAUUUUCAUCAGUCAACGAGCGUCACUGGCUGUGUCCGAUCUCCGCCAACUGUUACGUUCCCGCAACAGUAAUGCCGGAUCCGCGCAAGCCAACGUGCCGGUUGCCAUUACCACCAACGCCCCGCAUGGCACCGAUCACCCGCAGCCAGUCCCGUCGACCAGUGCGGCCGGCAGCAACCGUGGAAGGGCUCGCUCUCGUGGCUACUCCGCCAACCGCUCGCAUCACCACUACGGCCGCCAGCAGUCGACCACUGCGCAUUCGGAUUCCCAACAGCUUUAGGCGACCAGAACGUUUCGAAACUGAGUGUAAAUCGAAAACCUCCUCGAAUAUUACGAAGGAAAUCAGUUCCAAAGGUUAAUCACCGGUUAACUUACACCGACGUCGAAUCAGGUGGGACUGGUAUGGUUUAUGAAGCGCAGGAGGUGCGGCGUUGUCUGCAAGAAGGUUGGCUGGACAGCCCGCAUAUGACACAUAAAGACACACUUGCCAUAAUGAACAUCGAGGAGGAAGUGCUGAACCAGCUCGGCGUCAAUUAAAAUGACCUUUACAAAGAUGGCAAAUAUGCCGGUUAAUCCUGUCUACGAUGAAGUGUAGUAACGGCAUAUUAAUAAUAACCAAUAAUAUACCGGUAUACUACACUACAUUAGCCAAUAACACGGCGGUCACGCCAAGUUGCCGGCUUCCAUUCAAAAAAAAUUCCGAUUAACGAAUGGUAAAAAACUUAAACUUUUUUGACUUCUACGGUAUCACCCUAUGUAUCCUACAUGUUUUGAUGCCGUACUUCAUAUGAAAUUUUGCACUUACUACUAAGUCUACUAUUAUGGAAUUAAUCCGAAAGUCUCUUUUACUUUUCUCUUCCUGAGUUUGCCUACUUGGCUACCAUGCAUCACCGGCAGGUGCAACAAUCAAUAUCAACCUAUUGGAGUUCGUGGUCCGCGGGAACGAAACUUCGAACGUGAGCGCUUUGAACGCCGUAUUGGAUAAAGGAGAAGAGAAUCUACGAACCAAGCUACCUACAGAGUACAUAAAGUUGUCCAGCCAGUGCAAAGUCCGGUUUCGAUUCUGUAUUUGCUGUGGGUGGGGACCUUCCAUUGCUGGGCAA